AAUUUGAACUCCCAGACAAAGGGCCACUCAUCAGGCAUAUUGUAUCUUGCCAAAUGACGUAUGCUGUUCUGGAGGCGGCGAAUGGCGAACUGCUCAUUGAGACGUUAUCCAAAGAUUAUGAUUCACAACCAGUGCCACUCGGCACGGAGUUCAAAUGUGUGGGUGGCUAUGGAUCUCCUCCACUGGGACACGGUUGGACUUUGAGCGAUAACGACUGGUUCGACGUUUUCUUAUCCACAUCAAUCCGCGACAAUUUGUCCGCAACUCAUCAUGCCCAGUGGGUUGGACCAAAACAUACGUUCACAGAUCAGCCGGUGAAUGGGCUGGUCAUCAAGGGAGACAGACUGAUCAUUCCAACUGACGACCGUUAUAGGGGAAUGAGCUAUGCAUACACUUGUUGGGGCAACAACUCCUUUGAAAACAAGGUCUGGAGUGUAAGAAAAACCAUUCACUUCACUGUGAUGAUUUGUCCCACGCGUUUUGUGCCCUUGGACCUCACCGUUCUCCUGAGUUCCCGAUUACUAUCUCGAUGCACACUUGAAGGGAAUCCGGAUAGGGAGAUACAGUUCUAUGGGCACUUCUACCUACGCUUGAUUCAGCAAUUGAUUAUGGGCUUGCCACAUGGACCCACGCAAACACAGUUUCACUUCAUACGCGACGACAUUUUUAGUCACAAUGCCUCGGACAGCUUGGCAUUCACGGCGUUUACGAAGCAGCUCAGUCGAGAGCAGUUGCUUCGAGCGGUCAACCCGAAUGGAACUAAACCAAAAACCAACCCUGUCGGUUGCGGUGCUUUACCGAUCAUCGUGGAUUCGGUAAUCAGACACCUUGUUGCACUGCACCAUUUUCCACUACCUGGUCGCGAAUACGUCCUCUUGUUACCGUUUGACGAUUUCACUGACACCCGUAUCACAAACGAGACGAAGUCGUUGCUCUCCGUCCUACUGCAAAGUAACCUGUCCACCGUGUUAGCUAGCACGGUUGGACAGGGGGUGCAUGGGAGUGUAAUUAUCCACACAUUGGAGGAACUGUUUUCCACCACACGAACCAUUAACCUUUUACCCAACUUCAGUGGAGACACUCACUGCUUGAAGUGUCGUCCACGAUUGGAGGCAGAAACUCUUCGUAUUGCACGCGACGAGUUAUUCGACACAAUAUGCGAGACAACUGGCAUCACCCGACCGGAUUCCUGUCCCGCACCUACUUUGCGCUUCGCCAUUCCCACACGUCACUGGUACUCCGGACUACAAUUGGGAGUUACGUGUAUUGCGGAUCUGAGUCGACCGUAUCGUGGGCAAACAGCUACAGGUGUGGCGAUCUGUUUGACCAACGGAACCAUGUUGAAAGAGUUGGAGCGGGAUACACCCAACCUGCAACAGCUGAUGAAGGCGUGCAUACAAGAGCUAGCGAAUGAUGUCACAAGAUCAAUUAGUGCACCAAACGAAUUUUCAGUGAGUGCUCAGCUAAAAUUGCAGAACAAAGACGAUGAGAGUUCGCAUCUCAUGUGUUACCAGCGACAAGGCGAUACGGAUCCGCAAGUUACUGAUGUUGUCAACUACGCCACUGUCCCACUCUCCGUUCCGGAACCAUACUGGCAUAUGCCAAAGCUGUCUAUCAAGUGGCCACAAUUCGAAACUGAAGCCGCACUGCUAGCUUGUCUAUUGAACGGAUAUGCGCCAGCCUCCGAAGUCUUGAUGCUUCUUACUGUGAAUGCAACGGAGCCGUUGAAAAUUGUGGCACGCAAGAAGGUUGCGUUGAAUCCACUCGGCGAUGUGGUAAAUGUGCACUUGGGUUGGCUUGAAUUAUGGCCACCUUCACCGCAGGCAAAACUCUUCUGUUUGGUAAGGCCGAUAUCUAUCGAGAACCAGUGGGAACGCGUGAUUUCCGGAAAGCUGUCUCAGUCAGAGUUGGUGAGGCUGAGUCAGCCAAUGGCGAAAACGCAUUUGCCUAGCAACUGUCCCAAUGCACCGAACAUUUGGACAGAACCACCGACAAACAAUGAACUGCUACCACAAACUUCGCGGCUGCAUGUGAGAUGUGAGGGAAUGGUCACAACUCAUGGGCACCCACUCAAAAUGUACUACCUGACCUCGAAUUUCUCUCUAGUCAUAUGUGCCGUGGAGGGGAAGCUGGCAACUAAGGAGCAUGUGGUUGCCCGUGAAGCAAACUUGUCCCAGUGGAUGGUUUCGGAGCAUUCGUGCAUUUUGGUCACAACAGAAGACAGGACGUGUUCUCAGCCCAUCGGUGAACAAGAGUACUGGCUUGGCCCAUACUACCAGACAUCCUGUGUGGUAAAGAUCCAUCCGUCUGGCCUCGAAGUAUUCCGGAGCAUAAAACUGACCAUAAAACAACUGCGACACAUUGACUUCAUGGCUGUCAGUUUCUGCCGAACGGUAGAUCUGCAUUUGACCAGCGUUGGUCAGAGGAAACAAGACCCUGAUCUCACAAGUGAUCUGAUCAAUGUCCGAUUCCAACUCCCAACUCAAAUUACACAAUUCUUCUUCAAACCUGAUGAAGAGGUCUGGUUUUGUGAAACCUACUCUUUCCCAUUAAGCCAACAGUCCGGUACAGUUAAGGUCUUACAUGCCUCACCACGAACACUGGAGAAACAGCUGCGGUUAUAUAAAACAAGAGAGAAUCGCACACAACCAACACUGAAGGACCCUCGACUGGCGGCCGGAAAGAUAAGGCUGCAGUUGAAUUACUAUUCUCUCCUCAUUUUUCAGCCACAAACACAAACCCAUGGGAGGCUGAGGCGUGGGGAAGCUAUUCUGAGGUGUGUCUUCCAAUCACUCUACAGGGAUCUACGCACACGCGUUGGAGCGGCUGAGGUAGAACCGGUUAUCCAACGUCCAGAAAUUCUGUCGAUCGGUGAGGCGAUGGAGAUUGACUGUGAGAUGCGACCACAGCUGGACAUGGUGCGUACCGCUCUGCAUCGCCUGAUUCACUACACUUGGUUGCACUACGACCUAUGUGUGGCAAUGUUCCCCCUAAUGCACCGGAUAAAGCACCGCUUAGUCAGAUCCGAUACCCAGCCGACCGCCAAGCUGUUGGGACCAGUGUCAGGAUUUGCGAGAAACCUCAGUGUAUCCCUCCUAAUGGACGAGGACGUCAAUUCGAUUGUUGUCCAACCUGUCUCGGAAUUCGAUAGCGCGGAAUAUUUCUGCACCGGCAUGACCUUGGAAAACACGACAUUACGAAGCCACACCAUCAAGCGACGGAUCCUUGGCAAGUCGAAGCACGUCUCUUUUGGAAUUCGCUUACAAGGAGUACGAAACUUGUGGGCAAUAGCCUCUCCGCCAGCAAAAUUAGGACAAGUGGCACAAUUCAGGUGUUCCGUCUGGUCAACAAAUCCUGCUGGACGAAAGAUUGCGCAUUUUCAAGUAUCCACCGCCGGUCAGAGUGAAGAGCUGCACAACGAGCGCCUGCGCGUCCUUCACCCACAUGGAGUUGUCCUGGGUGAGAUAUGUGCGCACGUAACGGUGACAAGUGUAAAUUUUGUCAACGACUUUGUGUGCCAUUUCGCAGAUGACACAAUAACCACGAAUAAAACGAUUCGUCCGGCGAGGACUGAUUGUGGUGCACCUGAAGUGGAAUGGAGCCCGAGUGGCAGAAAAGAGUACGGAGUGCAUGACAGCAUUUAUUGUGAGGCCCGGGGUGGCUGUGAACAUGCUGCGAUCAGAUGGAUUUGGGUGGCUGGUCCGAUCCCACAAAUCGGACCCGAGUCAUACGAUAACGUGCAGACACUAAGUAGUCUAGACAACAGACUGUCUCUUCUGCAGUUGAAUCGAAGUGGCCACUACGUGUUUCGUUGCAUUGCUACCUGUGAAUGUUCGUAUGAGAAGAGAAGCACUUCUGUCACGGUCACAAUUUACGUGAAUGUUAUGCGAGAGAAUGGUACUGGAGGUCUGGUGCAAAACCCCCAAGCAGAUCGUAGCUGCUUGUCAGGAGUUACAUCUACAAAUGAGCUAACCGGUUUUGAUGAGCCAUACGGGCAUCGCCAAUUAAUAUCCCACAGUUCUCUGGUGAGAUCUUUUCAGGCCGUUACAGCAGAUAAGGUGGAGUCAAACGAUAUAUGGAGCGUAGAUGUACUUGAGAGAUUGGAGCAGAUCAAUACUCUCGAUGACCACAUGGACGAGGUAGAGGACAAGACGAUUCCUGACGAGUUACGUGCUCCCUCUUCGUUUCAAACUGAAAAACGGCUCAACCUGCUACCAUCACCAAAAGUACACAUCCCCCGCGUUGAUCAAAGCGAGCUCAGCGAUUUUUCACUGUGUGGAACGGACCACCGAACUCAGUUUCGGAAAAUUCAGCAAGCCACACGGAAGGGUCACAUAGAAACAGCUGCUUCGGCAGUGCAUUAUGCACGUACAGCGGAAGAGGAGGAUACAACCGAGAGGCAGGCUUUCGACGCCGAUCUUCGAAGACCACAAUCUGAUCUACAUCCUCCUGUUGUUUUGUUUGCUAAAGGCCAUUUUACUGUUGCAGAGCAACUUAGAGCUCCCCAUCUUCGUCGCCAUGCGCACGCACUGCGAAGUGCCUAUGAUGAUGGGUACCGAUUAGUGAGUCGGUUAGAAAAUAUGCGUGAAGAUAUCCAAGGGGAGUUACCUGCUAUUGAAGCAAUGACAAGGUCCGAAAGAUUGGGGGACAUAAGAAUGACUGCUAAACUACCGCGCGUGAACCGUUCAAGCAUCUACAGUGUGCUAUCCACCUGGUCGAAGGAACGCGCACAGGAGGUCGCGUUUGCAGGAAACCUGAGGAGCGUGGAUGUGCUGGAACAAAGUGAUAUUCACGCGGAUGCUCUUGUUCGGCCUACACAGUCUUCGCACUCGUCUCGACACUUAGUUUGGCACCUCGCUAACAAAUGGGAUAUAUCCCAACAGGAUCCAAGGAAGCGAAUCCCUUAUAGUGACAUUCCUAGCAGCUUGGAACUGCCGUAUGAACCCAGUCGAACUGCAAUGGCGUGUGAGUUGUCACAAAGCGACCAUGAACGGCGAGUGCCGUUGAGUUUGGACGGGCGUAACAUGGAACCAGAUCGUCAAAGAAGAUGCAGAUCGCGGGACGUAGAUUAUCAGCUCGAAUCGACGACUCCAGAUGUACAGAUCAACGGGUAUCGCAGACAACUUGAACGUGGCAUAACCCGUAUGAAACGGUAUCCAGAGAUUUGUUACGAUCAGGCCGAUCGUGCGUCAUGGAGCAAGUCGGAACGGAAGUUCGACAGACAAAGUGGCAGAUUUCGCUGGGAUCCGCUUGGACGACAGCACUCACGCCAAUCAGUGACAACAACACACACAAAACAUUGGUGUAGACAUGCCAGAUUAGACACAGACGAUAGUGAAGAUGGUUUGUCAACUGCUGACUUGGAGGCUACGAUUCCCGCAGGUCUACAUGAUAUUGGAUAUGCCUGGACCACCCAUGGGGAUAUAUCACAGGAAGCCUGGUAUAACGCACGCAGCCAGUCAAUUAAGCAUCUGAUCCCAUGGCGACUGGAAAACCAGGAGAGCGACGUGAUACUAGAAUUCUCACUUAUCGUCUUGCCGGUGUCUGUGUCUGCCCGAUGCCCACAACUCGAUGGAGGUGAAUUUUCAGCUUAUCGACCACUGCAAAUUACCUGGAUUAGACAGCCAUAUGCUCCCAAUCCACAACCAUCGGAUGUGGAGCAGCUUGUGCAAUUCUCUCUGGUGGAAAGACGUGUCAGGAUAUUGUCUGGGCGAGGGAAUAUAUCGGAGAGAUUAUUCAUUUAUCCGGAGCGAAAGUGGCCCUCAUCACAUACGUUGGAUAUUGGCGUAGUGGCCGUGGAUGAUUACGGAUUCUACGGCUGCACCACUACGCUUCAGCCUCUCCGACCAAGAGGUGAGUUGAUAAAUGUGUCAAAGAUCAGCUCCACGCCGUUGUGUAUUAUACCAACAAUCAUACGACCAGUUGCUACGAUUGAUCGGAUGAGGAAUGGUACCGCUGCAUCCACGAACAAAUGUCUCAGUGAGGGUGACGAAUUCCUGAUUCGCUGUGCCGGGUCCAGGAUGCAGCUGUUUUGUGAGCAGGCGGAUAGUAUCGCUCAUGGGUAUCGAAGUAUGCAUUCUAGACUCAGUGCUUAUUUACAUUUGCUGACAAGCUCGAAGUCAUAUCGAGUAAUCCAACUCAAUUCUGACCUCAAUUCGUUUGAGCAGUUGAAUGUGUACAAGAACCAUAUAGUGAAAAUCUGGAAGAUGACGGCCACCACGUUGUUGCGGGACGCAUACGUGACGUGUGUAUUACAUCCGGAAUUAGCGAUUCCACCAAUGGGACGUCCUGCUUAUUGGAGUCGACUGGAGGACGAGUUCGCUUUACGCCAAAGGCAAUUGUCUCGUCGAUCACGGGCCGUACACAUAUGUGUGGAUCAAGGCGGUGACGUGCUAAAUGUUUACCCUUCUCCUCUCAAUGGUAAAUUGACACUGCGUUUCGGCCAACCCCUCACGUGUGUCAGCAUAAUGCCCGGUUCGGAACCGCCAAUGGUUACCAUUUACCCCAUUUCAAAUACGAAAGCCCACAGUGCCGUUCAGAAUGGUCCGGUUCAAAGAUCCAGGUGGAUGGACGCGGUUCUUGAGUCUCCC